AUGUCAUCGCAACCGUUGACAGCAGCGAAUAUAUUUGCAGUUUUACGCCAUCUUCGAUCUCUCUGUCAUCCUACCCGGCCGGUCACCACAGCAUCCUUCGCAUCCUCGAUCGCGUCGCAAAUAACUCCCUCACGAGCUUAUAACAAUUACACCCCAACGCAUUACACUCCAUUAUCUAUCCCAAAAAAUAGUGCACUGAAACAAUGGCAUUUUGUGGCAUCAUAUUCCACUGUUCCUCCAGCCAAGACCGAGAAAGAAACCACUGAAGACACUAGUCUAUCCAAAUCAACGAAACCUAAGCCUAAGAAACCUCUACCCGCAUGGGCAGUCCAGAAAAACGCCUUGAAGGAGAAAUUUAAAGAAGGAUGGAAACCGCGGAAGAAGGUGUCUCCCGACACCAUGGAGAGCAUCCGGAAGCUACAUAGCAUGGACUCUGUGAAAUUUUCGACGAAGAAUCUUGCGGAGGAGUUCAAAAUCUCCCCUGAAGCCAUUCGAAGGAUAUUGAAAAGCAAAUGGCGAGCCACAGAGGCAGAGGAAAUUGAUAGGAGAAAUCGGUGGGAGAAACGAAAGAUAAGAAUCCAAGAGCAAAUGAUGGAGCUGGGACUGAGGCACACAGAUCCAACUUCUAAGGACGAUCCUAGCGCUGAGGAAGUGUUGUCUCAACGCCACUAUUCCUCAAACGCUAUUGAAGACCUUUCUGGUGAAUAUCCGCCUCAAAACAGACGCCGGGAAGGAAUUCCCCAGAAAAGGAUUGUUCCUGAAGACAAUUCCUCUCGAAAGUUUGAUCCUUGGGAGGUUACUGCAGACGAUCUUCUCGGUACUAAAAGAGAUUCUUUCAGGGAUAACUGGUCGAAGGAAGACUCACCGAAGGCCAGAAGCAGUAGCUCUCAAAGGCAUCCGCGAAGAAUUGAAUACAAUGAGCGAAGCUACAAAGAGAAGCCUGACUGGUAG